AACAAAACUAUUCCCUCUCCUGUUCUAAACCUAAACCCGUGCAGUGACCCAGUUUUUGAGGAGAGAGGUUUGUGAUUACCUGACAGGAGCUCAUAUUUGUACGAGAGGAACAGCAAGAGCACAUUUAAUCUUUCAUGCUCCGCUCUGACAGCUGCGCUUUCGCUCGCUCAGCUUUCUUGAAGGAUGAGCGAGGCAGAGCUAAUUUUUAUACAUCCCAAAUUUCCAGACAGGGAUAUGCACAAACUGUAGGAGCUGUUUAUCUGAUUGAGGCACUAAUUGUGUGGGUCCUAGCUGGAGCAGCGCGGGGAAGGCAGCGCAUUUCACGCUUAAUACCAGGGAAGAGACACGCAAUGCUCAGUGGAUAAAAGACUCGUGGUCCCAGCUGGGAAAACAGUUCCAUUAUCUCCCAGCUGCAUAGACCUUCCAUACGGCUCCGUUCUGCCUCGCUGAACACUCUGCCUUGCUGAGAGCUCCAAACAGUCCUGCAGAAAAUUGUGGAGAUCCUGAGACAUCUCCCUGCUCGGAGCUAAUAUCCAGGUAGUCACAGGAAGACACACUUUACUUUCUUCCACUGAUUGGAUGGGAGGAAUUUUUGACCUUGGAAAGUGGAGAUGGUGUUGCUAUGGAAACUAAUAAGUCUGCUGCCAUUCAUGAGCUGCAGCACAGGGGAAGAAACCCUUCAUGGGCCUAUUUUUAUCCAAGAGCCAUAUGAUAUCACUUAUUCCAUGGGCUCAGCAAAUCCAGAGAUCCUCCUGAACUGCACAGCUAAAGGAUAUCCACUGCCAUACUACAGGUGGAAGCAAAAUGGCACAGAUAUUGAUCUUACCAUGAGUUAUCACUACAGGUUGGUUGGAGGCAGCUUGGCAAUCAAUAACCCACAUAAAAAUCAGGAUAUUGGAACAUACCAGUGUUUGGCCACAAAUUCAUUUGGAACAAUUCUGAGCAGGAAGGCAAAGCUUCAAUUUGCAUACCUGGAGAACUUCGAGACGAGAGCGAGGAGCCCGGUGUCGGUGAGAGAGGGACAAGGAGUGGUCCUGCUCUGUGGAACUCCUCCCCACCAUGGAGCCUUGUCCUACACCUGGAUCUUCAACAAUAACACCCUGGACCUUCGGGAAGACAGCCGGCGCUUUGUUUCCCAGGCAACAGGAAACCUGUACCUGGCCAAGGUGGAGCCGUGGGAUGUUGGGAAUUACACCUGUGCCGUGAGCAGUGCCCAGGCUCAGCGCCAGGUCUGGGGGUCUCCCACUGCCCUCACCCUCCGAGGAGAUGGUGCGAUGGGGGAGUAUGAGCCAAAGAUUGAGGUGCGCUUCCCAGAAACAACCUACGCGGCAAAGGGCUCCUCCGUCAGACUGGAAUGCUUCGCCCUGGGAAAUCCUGUGCCAAGUAUUAGCUGGAAGAGGUCUGAUGGAAGCCCCUUGGCAAAGAAAAUCCAGCACAAGACUGGAGGAGUUCUUGAAAUCCCCAACGUUGAGGAGGAAGAUGAAGGUUCCUAUGAGUGCAUCGCAGGAAACACUCGAGGAAUAAACAUUGCAAGAGGUCAAUUAUUUGUCUAUGCACCCCCUGAAUGGGAUAAAAAAAUCCAAAAUGCCUUUCUGUCUCUCUAUGACAGUUUAUUUUGGGAAUGUAAGGCAAGAGGAACACCAAGUCCUUCCUAUAGCUGGUUAAAAAAUGGCCAGCCCCUCAUGUCAGAGGAAAGAAUUCAAAUAGAAAAUGGGACUCUCCUCAUCCCCAUGCUGAAUCUGUCAGACUCAGGCCUCUAUCAGUGCGUGGCAGAAAAUAAAUAUGACACCAUUUAUGCCAAUGCUGAGCUGAGGGUGAUCGCUGCAGCCCCUGAUUUUUCCAGAAAUCCUGUGAAGAAGCUGUCUGUUGUUCAGGUUGGAGGGGAAGUUACAAUUGGUUGUAAACCCAGUGCUUCUCCCAGAGCUGUUGUUUCCUGGAGAAAGGGCUCGGAGGUUCUGCGCCAGAACAAAAGGGUGAUGCUCCUGGAGGAUGGCAGCCUCAGGAUCUCCAACACCUCCAAGGCGGAUGCUGGGGUUUACAUUUGUGUAGCCACAAACCAGUUUGGAACAGCCAGGAACUCAGGGAACCUGAUUGUGAAAGAAAGGACUGUCAUCACCAUUCCUCCCUCUGACACAGACGCAACAGUUGGAGAGAGCAUUGUCCUGCCCUGCCAGGUGUCCCACGACCCCUCCCUGGACCUGGUGUUCUGGUGGUCAUUCAAUGGCCAGAGAAUUGAUCUGAGCAGAGGAAUCCAUCACUUUGAAAGGAUUGGAAGAGAAUCUGCUGGUGAUUUGAUGAUAAGAAAUAUUCAGCUGCAUCAUUCUGGGAAAUAUGUGUGCAUGGUGCAAACUUCUUUAGACAGUCAAUCUGCAGCAGCAGAUAUAAUUGUGAGAGGCCCCCCAGGUCCACCAGAAGAUGUUAAAGUUGAACAUGUUUCUAGCACGACUGCUGGCUUAUCCUGGAAGCCUGGAGUAGAUAACAACAGCCCAGUGCAGAUCUACAGUGUCCAGACCAGGACUCCCUUCUCGGUGGGAUGGCAGGCGGUGGCCACAGCUCCCGAGGUCAUUAACGGGAGGACUCUCAAGGCCACAGUGGUGGAUUUAAGCCCCUGGGUUGAGUACGAGUUCCGGGUGGUUGCCAGCAACAGCGUUGGGAUUGGGGAGCCGAGCAGGCCAUCGGCUCUCCUGAGAACCAAAGCAGCAGUCCCUGUGGUGGCACCUACGAACAUCAGCGGAGGAGGAGGGAGCCGCUCCGAGCUGGUCAUCACCUGGGAGCCAGUGUCAGAAGAACUCCAAAACGGGGAAGGUUUUGGCUACAUCGUCAUGUUCCGUCCCCUGGGCUCAACAACCUGGACCAAAGCUGUGGUGGCCUCGGUGGAAUCCAGCAAAUACAUUUACAGGAAUGAGAGCAUCACACCCCUCUCUCCUUUCGAGGUGAAAGUUGGUGUCUACAACAACGAAGGAGAAGGGACCCUGAGCUCCAUUUCCAUCAUCUACUCGGGAGAGGAUGAGCCACAGAUGGCCCCGGCGGGCGCCUCGGCGCUGAGCGUGUCGGCGGCGGCGGUGGAAGUGUCCUGGCUGCCCAUCCCCUGGAACCGGCACACGGGAAGGGUGCUGGGCUACGAGGUUUUAUAUUGGAUAGAUGAUCCCAAGGAAAGCACAGCUGGGAAGGUCAGAGUCAGUGGGAAUGUGACAGCCAAAAACAUCACGGGCCUGAGAGCUAACACGGUGUAUUUUGCAACAGUCCGUGCCUACAACACUGCGGGGACGGGGCCCUCCAGCACCCCGGUGAAUGUCACCACCAAAAAAUCCCCACCAAGUCAACCUCCAGCAAACAUCGCCUGGAAGCUGACAAAUUCCAAAAUCUGCCUGAACUGGGAGCAUGUGAAAACAAUGGAGAAUGAGUCUGAGGUGUUGGGCUACAAAAUUCUGUACAGACAGAACAGGCACAGCAAAGCCCAUAUCCUGGAGACAAACAACACUUCAGCUGAACUUCUGGUCCCGUUUGAAGAAGAUUAUCUCAUCGAGAUAAGAACCGUUAGUGAUGGUGGCGAUGGCAGCAGCAGUGAGGAAAUUAGGAUUCCAAAAAUAUCGAGUUUGAGCUCUGGAGCAAUGAAAUUAUCCCAAAGGAUAAGCCACACAUUGACAUCUGGAAUCCUGCUGUUGAGUUCUGUUCUUCUAAACCCUUUUCCUUGCUGGUUCAAGCAAUGCUCAGCCGUGGACUUUUAAAAAUAAAAAAGUGUAGAUUUUAUCUUAAUUCUUCACCAUAACCAACAUUCCUGAGAAAAAGCAACACUGGGGAGGGGGAGGGAGGUAGAAGUGGUGUGUCAUUAAGAAAAUAUUAGGUAUCAAUAUUCCAUGAAUUUUUAAAAAUGGGCUUGGAAAUGAAGGGAUAAAUCAGCGCGCAUUAAUUAGAGGGAGUGGUGCCAAACCUAAUUUGGGAUUGACACGUGGGUGGUCUCAAAUGUUUUUUCCAAGUAGUUGUUAUUGGAACAGCAUUUUAAUGGAAUGUCAACCUGUGCAAGCUGAUGCCAUGGAGGGGAGAAGAGAUUUAAAACUCUUGUGAUGUGGAUAUUAUUUAUCUCAUGUUCUUCAAUGUAUCCUGUUAAAAAAACCCACUUUCAAUUAAAUAAAGGAUAUUUGUUUACUUUUUGCACUUGUCUGCAUUAGGAGAGGUGUCAUAAAACACAUUAUUUGAAGUGCUCUGUUCUAUUUGCUGCAGAAAAGGGGAACUCAAAUAAAAGGAGUCUCCUACAGACCAA